AUGGUGGCCGUGGAGCCCGGGGCUGGCACGUGUGGUUCUUCCUUUCUUCCUUUCUUCCUUUCUUCCCUUCUUCCUUUCUCUUUCUUUCUUUCUUUCUUUCUCUUUCUUGCCCUCUCACCACCCCUACCAGUCCCGUCCCUUUCUUUCUUGUUUUUGGAAACCCUUUCUUUCAAACGGACUGUAUUCGGGAUAUUGUUGUUGCGUGUAAAAGAAAUAAAUAACCCAAUAAAUAAAGCAGGCUCCUGUUAUGACAAGUUCCAAGCCAGAGCAGCAUUUUACAAGUUAAAAAAGAAGCCCUUGAGGGAAAAAGAAAAAAAAAAAAGCGGGGGUUUAGAAAGGGGUUUAAUAGCAGCAGGGCUGUCCGUCUCGGGGUGGGGGCGGCGGGGCAGGGCAGGGCGCACCUCUCCCCCCGCCCCACGGCGGCGGAGCAGCCGGUGCCCCGGCACCCCGGGAAGGAGGGCUCGCGGGAUCAGCCCGCUGGGUUUGCCACCGGCAGCCUCUCUGCAGAGCCGGCAGCGCCGGGACGGGCAGCUCGGCGGGGCGCCGCUCUUCCCUCCCCGCCGCUGUGCUUGCUUUCAUCGCUGCCAGCGUGAUAAAACUCCUGCGAAAACAGCGAGGGGUCACGGCAGCUUUCUGAGGAGCCUGUCUUUUUUAUCUCGGGGUUCCUCGGAACCGCUGGGCGAGUCAGACACCGGGGCUGCUGUCGCCCUGCCCGGUCGAUGGGAGGUAAGCGAGCAGUGGAGGGGCCGCCGCCGGUGCCUGUCUUCGCCGCUGGCCGCGGGCACCGCUCGGGCGCGGCUCCGUGAGUACCCGAGGAGGAGUUUUGGGUUUAUUUUUUUUCCCAGAGGAGGGUUUUUCUCUUUGUGCCUUUUGCCCAAGCCAGGUAAGGGAUGCGAUGUUCCUCUCGGUUCCCUCUCCAGGGGCUCGCCCCUGACCGCCCCCACCCGCCGCCACCCCAGGAACCUAUGGAUCCUUCUUCCCGGCGGCGGCUUCUCCGAACCGCGCUCCGGUACCGCCACGGGGGCUCGGCGCGACCCGGCCCGGGAGCGGCGCUGGGCGGGCGGGGGAGGCCGGGCAGGGGCACGGGAAGGGGCAGGAGCAGGAACAGGCCGGCGGCACCGGAGCCUGCGGCAGCACGGGCGGGAGGAGCAGCCUCCAGCCUGCCCGCUCUCCCCGGGGCUGCCGUGCUCGGGGGGAGCGCAGGUUGACAGGAGCGAGCUCUUGCGCCAACCACCGUCUUCUCCGGCGGGGAGAAACCAAACCUGGUUUAAAUUUUUUUUUUUCCCCCCAAACCUCGUUGUUUGCCCCCUCCGGGAGAAGGGAGACUCUGAAUGUAGCCUCAGCUUACGGGGCCGUAAUGGUCACUCGGGGAGGCCGUGUCAGCGGUGUGAGUCUCUGCUUUAAUUAGAACAACUGUUAGCAGCUGAUUAAAUUUGAUCAGAUCUGAAAUAUAUGUCUCCUAUCUGUUUUUCCGGACCGUUCACGCUUAAAAAACAAGACCACCUGAAAAUUGGUGUACUGGAGCAAGAGGGUGUUGGGAGAAGAGGAGAAGAGACCGCAGGCGCCUCCGGGA